AUGGGCAGUCCAGGGCCUCAGCGAGAAGAUCGCGAACUUGGCACUUCCAGUACGGAUGCACUUGGGGAGGAAUCCUGCACGCCUGUCUUGGCUUUAGCUGCGGAUGGUGCAUCAGCGUUGGAGGAUGAGCAAGUGCCGGGUGAGUCGGUGGUUUGUUCAGAGCUUGCUGGAGCCGACCCAAGCAAUUCGGAUCUGGAUUUGGGCAUCGCUGCGCCAAAUCUGCCAGCAUCCGUACCAUCUGACUCCGAGGUCAGCGAUGCAACUCAAUGCAUGGCCUCGGGUGGCGAAUCAGAGACGGCUUUUAGCAUCAAGCAGGCCGCGCAAGAGCUUUCCGAGGGCAUUGCAGAAAGUGCAGCCGACUCCGAUGGUUUGGCUUCGCCGACCAACGCGGCCGAUGUGAGCACGGGUCCUUCUCAAGCAUGCGAUGAGCCUUCUGAGGAGAGGCUGAGCGGAAGCGACGGAGACGAGUUGGUGCGUGGGCACGACUUGGAGCUGUGCCAAGACAAGCCCUCUCCNNUGCAUGGAAGUCGUGCAUGGCACCGUUGGGAACAUGGCCGCCGACUUGGAGCACAUCGACGACGGAGCUAUGUGCAAGGAUUCCAGCAUGGAUUCUGA